AUGGCGAGCCAGAGAGGUCUCCCCGCCGCCGCCUUCCUCUUUCUCCUUCUCGCCGCUGUCGCAGCCCCGGUGACCUGCCGGUUCGUGGUGGAGAAGGGCAGCGUGAGCGUGCUCUCGCCGGAGAACCUCCGGGGCUCGCACAACGGCGCUAUCGCCAACUUCGGCGUGCCAAAUUACGCCGCCACCCUCGUUGGCUCCAUCGUCUACCCAGACAAGGGCACCGACGGCUGCAACUCCUUCAAAGACCGCUUCAAGUCCCCGUCCUCCCACCCCGUAAUCCUCCUCCUCGAUCGCGGAGGUACUUCUACUUAUUCAUCUCCUCUUCAAUCGGAAACAUCUGAUUGUUUUCCUGUUUGGGAUGGAUGCAAAGCUUUCUAUCGUCGACGGCUCCUCGCUCUUCCUGGCUGUGUCAAUAUACUCUGAUUCAUCUCCCGAUUUCGAUAUUUUCAUUGAGCAGAAAUAGGGGAGAAUCCCGGCUAUCUAUCUGUUUCUAAUUCCUUCUGUUCUGCGGACUGAUCAGCCAGGGGAGCGAGUUCCGGUCGAUUUUGGAUCUACCUUCAGAGAAUUUCUUCGCUCAAUUCGACGGCUCUACCGUUUGACUUCUCUUUAUUUCCGAUUACCAGGCGUAAUCAGUCUUCUUCUCCGCUCUUCCAUCCGAUAUUUUUCUCAUAAUCAUCAACUAGAAGAUCGAACUGGUUCCCGUAAGUCUUCUCGCCGGCGAGUGGUCGGCGUCAGAGUUCCGCCGGAUUCCCAGAUUCCUCGUAGUUGUACCUCCCCAGACAGGGGAGUUUCUCCAUCGAAAACCCAGGAUCUCCAUCGUCCUGCCGAAAAGUCAACCCCCCUUAAGAAGCCACCGGCAUACAGCUUCCUUCCCCAACAGAGGCUCAUGAAGAACCUCACCACGCGGUUCUUCCAUCAGCCUCCCCAGCAGAAAAGUCAACUCUGGAAAGGAAUCUCUCCACAUCUGGAUCUACCUUGAAUUAGCUCACUAGCAACCCGAACGGAGUCUCCAUCACCUUCAAGAUGAUCUCGUACCCACCCACCCCCCCACCCCCCGAAAACCUCUCCAUCUGCUCGCUGCCACCAUGACCGGGGUUGACUUUUGUGACGCGACUUGCAGAGUGCUACUUCGCCAAGAAGGCCUGGUACGGGCAGGAGGCGGGCGCCGCCGCCGUACUGAUCGUGGACAACAAGGACGAGCCGCUGAUAACGAUGGACACGCCAGAAGCCAGCGGGUACACAGAGGAUUACGUGACGAAGAUCACCAUCCCCUCCGCUCUGAUCGAGUACCCCUUUGGGAAGGCCCUGAAGAAGGCGGUGGCGGAGGAGAAGAGCGGCGGUGGCGAGGUGGUGGUGAAGCUGGACUGGACCGAGUCGAUGCCCCACCCGGACGAUCGCGUUGAGUACGAGCUCUGGACGAACAGCAACGACGAGUGCGGGCUCCGAUGCGACGAGCAGAUCAACUUCGUGAAGAACUUCAAGGGGCACGCGCAGCUGCUAGAGAGGGGAGGAUACACGCUCUUCACCCCACACUACAUCACCUGGUACUGCCCAUCGGCUUAUCUGCUCAGCAGGCAGUGCAAGUCGCAGUGUAUCAACAAUGGCAGGUACUGUGCGCCGGACCCGGAGAAGGACUUCGGGAGUGGCUACGAGGGGAAGGAUGUGGUCAUUGAGAACCUCCGCCAGCUCUGCGUUCACAGGGUGGCUAACGAGACCCGCCGCCCCUGGGUCUGGUGGGACUUCGUCACCGACUUCCACCUCCGGUGCUCCAUGAAGCAGGGGAAAUACAGCAUGAAGUGCGCCGAGGAGGUUGUCCUUUCUCUGGGUAAUCAGGGUCAACCCUUCCUUCCCCCUUCUCUCUCCCUCUCUGACACUCUUUGUAUCUCUAUCUGUCUCUGUCUGUCUGUCUGUCUGUCUCUCUCUCUCUCUCUCUCUCUCUCUCUCUCCUUCUGUGAUCCUCUUUAUCUCGCUCUCUGUGUGUCUCUGAGUCUGUCUCUCCUCUCUCUCUCUCCCACUCUCUCCCUCUCUCUCUCUUUCCCCUGACCCAGACUAAUCUAUUGACCAAUCUGUCUGUGUUCUAUAUGUCAGGUUUGCCGGGGGACAAGAUCAAGGAGUGCAUGGGUGAUCCUACCAGGGACGCAGAAAACCCCGUGUUGAAGAAUGAACAGGACCGCCAGGUGCUUUGAUUUACUAUUUAACGCUUUUCCUGCAAUACUACUGCUUCUUUCUCGGCCACCCAUCUCAUUGCCGUUGACUUUGAAUCGCAUCUGGGUCGCGUCAUUCAAUAACGGCGAAGAACUCUUGUCUAUCCAGGUCGGGAAUGGAUCUCGGGGUGACGUCACCAUCCUGCCCACCCUACUGAUAAAUGACGUGCAGUACCGAGGUUGGUACCAAUCCGGUUCUUGCUUCCAUUUUUAUCGAUUCCAAAGGUGUCAUCUUUCAGAGUCUCAAAAAUUAAUUCUGAUUGAGCCAUUUGAUGUUGCUGUUCAUGCGAAGAUUCUGGGCGAGAAUGAAGAAAACGUAAUAAUUUAAACGAAAAAAUAAGAAGAAGAACCCAGGAUAGCUCUUGAUCCCAAAGCACGUGCUAAUAAUAAACCUCUAUAUCGGGACAUGUUCUCGUUGACUCUUUUUGUUUCCAAGGUUUCAGCAGACGCUUUCCACUUUUUAUCCCCGCCCUUCUUAAGAAAUCUGAGAAGUCAACGUGCACACAAAGAGACCCUUCCCUGUUCUGAGAAGCUAUUUUCUUUCUUGAAGGUCAACUGGAUAGAACAGCCGUGUUGCAGGCAGUAUGCGCAGGAUUCAAGGAGACCACCGAGCCUCAUGUUUGCCUGAAUUCAGGUCUGCCUGCCUCCAAUGAUCUCCUGACGGGGCCUCCUGUGCUCUUACUUCCCCAUUAUUGUAUCUUAAUGCCUGUUUUCCUUCUAUUCGCCCUUCCUGCAGACCUUGAAACGAAUGAGUGCCUUGAAAAUCAUGGCGGAUGCUGGCAUGAUUCGAACCUGAACAUAAGCGCCUGCAAGGUAUUUUGUCCAUGACUUUAUUGGAGUUCAAUAAAGUCCUAUUUUUUUUGAUAAAUUUCUUGUUGCCCUAAGGAUUACUUCUUUGCCAUGAACAGGAUACUUUCAGAGGAAGGGUCUGUCAAUGCCCAACUGUGAAUGACGUUCAUUACUCUGGAGAUGGCUACACAUCCUGCAGAGGUUCUUCUUUCUCACAGGACUCCAAUUUUCUGGGCUAGGAUUGUUGAAUCAUGUAGUUUCCUUCAAAUGAUAUUAUUUAAGAUUAUAAAAUAUUUUUUAAUCUGAAAAUGGGUCUAUUAGUUGAAUUAAUAUCAAAAUCAAUUUCCAGAGUUUGAUUCUAAUGAUGUUGCAUAAGAUUCUGAAUAUGCGCUAUGCGGAAAUGAGUCUUUUUUCAUUAAUAUCAUGACAUUUCUUACUCACGAUUAAACUAAGACCCUUGGCAUGAGUUAUCCGAAGAAGAAUCCGAUUAAAUUUAUAUAUAUAUAUAUAUAUAUAUUUCAAUUUUGUUGUUCUAAUGAUGUGAUAUAAGUUUGAAGAUGAAAAUUAUCAGGAAAUCAAUCUAAUUUGAUUGCUAUCAUAAUUUCUGACAAGGUCACCGCCCCUCCGGCCUCUUAUUAUCCGGAUCCUCUGAAUGCUUCAUUCAAAAAAUCUCAACUUUGUGGAAUUCUAACUUUUUUGAUCGUCUUUGACCAAAUCCCAGCUGUGGGACCCGGAAGAUGCGCGUUGAACAAUGGAGGCUGCUGGUCUGAAACCAGAGAUGGGAAAACUUUCUCUGCCUGCUCAGUUCUGCCUCUCUUCUCUCUACCCUACAUGAUUAUAUCGAUAUAAUCAAUCAUAUGCAUAGGAAUCUAAGCCAAUUCCGGACCUCUUGAUCCUCAGGAAAAUGAGCUGAAAGGCUGUCGGUGCCCAUCAGGCUUCUCUGGUGAUGGCAAGCAGUGCACUGGUGAGUCUCUCGGGGCCAAUGUGGCUCAAGAGAUAUAUCCUCCUCUGAUCAUGAUUGUGAUUAUGAUUAUGAUGAAAGAUUUAUUCAUUCCGGGGAGGAUCUGAAUCUGCAACAGAUAUCAACGAGUGUAAGGAUGGUAUAGCCUGCCAGUGCGAUAGAUGCUCCUGCAAGAACAACUGGGGCGGCUUCGACUGCAGUUGCAGAGGGAACUACCUCUACUUAAAGGGGGAGGACAAAUGCAUAGGUAACUGCGCACAAGGUUUUGAGAAAGUUUCAACCACCUCAACUAGCUCUUUCAUACAAAAAAUAAUAAAAGAAAAAAGAAAGGUAACGGUUUUAGUAGAUGUCUAUCGUUGACUCAGCCGGGUUUUCCUGCGAUCUUGCUCACACUGGGCUAGGUCGUAGGAAGCCUAUUUUUUUAUAUUUUUCCGGAUCUGUCGAGUCGUUUUUCCUUGAUGGGGGUUGAACAGGUGCAUGGGUAAAAAGCAGGGUAUACUAAAUUUGACAGAGGACAACAGGGAUUAGCUUUCUACAAGCCCUUCCAUUCAAAAAAAGAAAUAAAAAGAAAGGAAAGAUACAGAGACAAAAACCAUUUUCAGUGGUUUUCUGUCUCUAAGUCAAAUGGGUUUUCUCGCAGCCUUGCCCACAGUGGGAGAUAGAUUGGGCUCUUAAAUCUUCUUCUUAAAAGUUUUCUGAUCGCGGCCUGUCUUCUGCAUGUUUUCUGAUCCGGUGGUCAACGCAGCAGGGACAACCUCGAAAUUCCCCUUGUACUUGAUGGUCUUGUUCGUGUUCUGCGUUGGGGGAACCGGCGUGGCGGGCUACAUCUUCUACAAAUACCGGCUCCGGGUGAGUAUCCACUCGUGCAAAUAAAUCUCCUGGAGGAGAGGAGAUCCAUCAAUCGAGGGUGCUGACGCGUGACCCAUUUCCUCUCUCCAGUCUUACAUGGACUCGGAGAUCAUGGCGAUUAUGUCGCAGUACAUGCCCAUCGACAACCAGAGCAACGAGGUCCACCCUCUGAUGCGAGAGUCCACUGUCUAA